UCAACUUGCUAUAAAUUCUGUCAUCCCAAUCCGGCCUUAAAGAACUGCCUUAAUUAGCUAAUUUUUCUAUCUCAUACACAAAAGAAUGGCUGUUAUUUCUAAUGUUUAUGUGUUCUUGCUUAUAUACUUAUUUGGUAUAAUAUCAGUGUUUUCACCUUUAGAAACCACUGCCAGUAAUGGUAUUGCAGGUUUCACUGCAAAUCUUAUUCAUCGCGAUUCUCCCAUUUCUCCUCUAUACAACCCCAAAGAUUCUUACUUCUAUCGCUUGCGGAACUCUUUUUAUCGUUCCAUAGUGCGUGCUAAUCAUUUCAAGCCAAACUCAGUCUUUGUAAAAGCACUCCAAUCCGAUAUAAUCCAUGGCGGGGGAGAAUAUUUCAUGAGAAUUUCUAUUGGAACUCCAUCUGUUGAGCUACUUGCAAUAGCCGAUACAGGUAGUGAUCUAAUAUGGGUUCAGUGCCAGCCUUGUGACCUUUGUUACCAGCAGAAGUCCCCCAUCUUUGAUCCUAGACGAUCUUCCAGUUACCGUCAAGUGUCGUGUGGCUCCAGGUUUUGCAAUGCAUUGGAUAGUGAAGCUAGAGUCUGCUCUGCCCGAGGUAUUGUUAACGACUGUGGAUAUACUUACUCCUAUGGAGACCAUUCGUUCACUGAUGGCCAUCUUGCCACUGAAAGAUUUACCAUUGGCUCCACGAAUAGCAACUCUGUUCCCCUUCAACCAGUUGCCCUUGGCUGUGGAACUAGAAAUGGUGGCACUUUUGAUGAAGUGGGCUCUGGUAUAAUUGGCCUUGGAGGUGGCUCUCUCUCUCUAAUCUCUCAGUUGAGCAGUAAAAUAAGCGGCAGAUUCUCAUACUGCUUGGUACCCACAUCAGAGCAAUCCAAUUAUAGUACAAGCAAGAUCAAUUUUGGUAUUGAUAUGCUUAUGUCUGAUCCUGAUCUUGUAGCAUACACCCCUUUGGUUUCUAAAGAACCUGACACAUUCUAUUACCUGACAUUAGAAGCAAUUAGCGUGGGAAACAUGAGAUUAGCUUACAAAAAUUCAUGGAAUAAAAAUGUCCAACAAGGUAAUAUUAUUAUCGACUCCGGGACAACAUUGACUUUUCUUGAUUCUGAAUUCUAUAACGAAUUGGAAUCAGCAAUGGAGGAAGUUGUUAAAGCAGAACGUGUUAGUGACCCACAGGGAAUUUUCAACAUUUGUUUCAGAGAUUCAGGAGAUGUUGAUCUUCCCAUCAUAACUGCUCAUUUCACUAAUGCGGAUGUGGAGCUGCAGCCAGUGAACACAUUUGCUAAAGCAGAGGAAAAAUUGCUGUGUUUAACCAUGAUUCCAUCCAAUGGAAUAGCUAUUUUUGGCAAUUUGGCUCAGAUGAACUUUUUGAUAGGGUAUGACCUUGAAAAGAGUACUGUUUUUUUCAUGCCUACUGAUUGUGCCAAGCAGAGUUAAA